AUGGGUCAACCGUCCUUUCAGGCAUCUAAUGCCAUUAUAUACGUGACUUAUGGCGCGUUCCUAAUCCUAGGAACGGCGCUCGCAUGGAAGAUGAGAAACCAGCCCAAGGCUGACUUCCUGUCUGGAAACAGAACUCAGAGCGCCCUUCCACUGGCCCUGAACUUUAUCGCGGCUGCCAUGGGAUCUGGCAUAUUGUUCUCGUACCCCGAGCUAGCUACGCUGGCCGGCCUGCAGGGCGUGAUCGUCUACGCGCUUGCGUCGGCCUUGCCUCUGAUGAUUUUCGCCAUCCUGGGUCCCAUUAUCCGCAGAAAAUGCCCCGAGGGCUUCGUCCUGACGGAAUGGGUCAAGCAGCGCUACGGAAUCGUCACGUCGCUCUACUUGAGCGCCUUGACUCUGCUCACGCUGUUCCUCUACAUGGUCUCUGAGCUUUCUGCCAUUGGACAGGUCGUUACCGCCCUGACUGGCCUCGAUGGUUUGCCAGUGAUCAUUGUAGAGUGUGUUGUUACCACCAUUUACACCUCUCUUGGUGGUUUCCGCAUCUCCUUCAUCACGGAUAACAUCCAAGGCGCCAUGAUCGUGGCCCUCAUCAUCAUUGCCACAAUCACUGUUGGUGCCAAGACGGAGAUCAAGCCCGAGCUGAUCGAGUCCUCGGGUCUGCUCGACGCCAGCCUGAUUGGUUGGCAGCUCGUGUACAUCUUGCCCGUCGCCGUCUUGACCAACGACUUCUUCCUGUCCAACUUUUGGCUGCGCACUUUUGCCUCCAAGACGGACAAGGACCUCUGGAUCGGUGUGACGGCCGCCAUGAUUGUGAUCCUCAUCACGCUGACUCUCGUGGGCUGUACGGGGUUAAUCGCCGCGUGGUCGGGCGCCUACGACCCGUCCGUCGACGACGACGGCUCCGUCGCCUUUUUCCUCCUGCUCGAGCAGCUACCCAGCUGGGUCGUGGGCAUUGUCCUCGUCAUGACCAUUGCGCUGAGCACGGCCGCCUUUGACUCGCUGCAGUCGGCCAUGGUCUCGAGCAUGUCUAACGACCUGUUCCGCAACCGUCUCAACAUCUGGUGGAUCCGCGGCGGCGUCGUGCUCAUCAUUGUACCGGUCAUUGUGCUGGCCCUCAAGGCCCCGAGCAUUCUGCAAAUCUACCUCAUCUCGGACCUGCUCUCGGCCGCCACCAUUCCCGUGCUCAUGCUCGGCCUCAGCGACCGCUUCUACUGGUGGCGCGGCUUCGAGGUCCUGGUCGGCGGCCUCGGCGGCAUCUUUACCGUCUUCAUCUACGGCGCCAUCUACUACGACGACGCGCAGAGCGGUGGCGAGCUCAUCCUGCUCGAGCAAGGUCUGUACACGGGCGACUGGGGCGCCUUUGGUGCCUUUGUCGCCGCCCCCGUCGGCGGUAUCCUCUGGGGCUUUGGCGCCCUGGCCCUGCGCCUCGCCUUUCAGUUUGUCAGUGCCAAGGUUGCCGGCCGGCGUUUCGAUGCCCUCGACCGCCCCUUGGUUGCCGCCCAUCGCGGUGACUGGGACGACGAGACGGCACCGGUCAGUGCUGAUCAAGAUCACGUUGCCAUCAACACCAAGAUUACUGGCAAGUUCUUUUAA